AAAGAGACAAACAUAGUAAACAAUCAAUUGCAUAUUUGCAUCUACUUUCAUUUUCUUCCCCUUUCACCUCCCACAUUUAUGUCACACAAAUAAACAAUUAUGACUCUAGCACACUCUUCUAUAUAUAUAUAUAGAGAGAGAUCUCCAAUUCUCCAUGUCCAUACGUAAUAUUUAGUUCUUUUCACAUCUAAGGUUGUAAUCACUAAGAGAAAGAAAGAUGAGAAGUAAGUGUCAUCCAUUGUUAAGGGGUGUGAGAGAAAAUAGCAAAUACAAACAUGGGUUUUCAGUGGCUGAGAUGGAGUCACUCACAAGCAUAUGUGAGGUUGUUCUACCUUCAUUGCCAGUGGAUGCUAUGAACCAAAGAAAAGAUGACCAACAUGAUGAUGAUGAUGAAUCAAGAAAGCAUGUCCAAUCUUUCUUGAACCUCUCUGCUUCUCAGUAUCCAAUCCCUCAUGAGGUAGCUGAGGCGUUAGUUAAGAGGGGUUUAAUAGAAGCAGUAAUGUUGAUUAGAGUGGUUCUCUGGCUUCUGGCAACGAGGUUGGGUACUUUGUUGCUUUGUGGUUUUCUCUGUCUUAGUAAGGAAUGGCCCUUUGUCAACAAAUUCUCAAGCAUGUCUUUGGAUAAAAGAGAAAAGAUUGUGCAGAGGUGGCUCAAGCAUAGGUUCCUCACUCCUAUUAGAGUCGCUUUUGGUUACAUCAAAGUCCUAUGCCACUUUGUUUUCUUCUCUUGGGUUGAUGAAAAUGGUGACAACCCAACAUGGAAAGCCAUUGGAUAUGAGGUUUCACCUAAUGAGAAAAUGACCAAUGUCUCCAAAGAGAGUGAAGAGAGACCCCUUGAAAAGGGUAUUAUAGAAACCAUGCAUGAACAUGACUCAACUCUUCAAAAAUCUCUAUCUGACAAAGGCCUAAAUGUUAUAGUUGACUCCAAAAACAACAUCCUCAAAAUCAAAUGUGAUGCAGUAGUUGUUGGUUCUGGUAGUGGUGGAGGUGUUGCAGCUUCUGUCCUUUCAAAUGCUGGAUACAAAGUAAUUGUUCUAGAGAAAGGAAACUACUUUGUUCCAAAGGAUUAUUCAUCACUAGAAGGUCCUUCAAUGAACCAACAAUAUGAAUGUGGAGGGAUGUUAGUUUCUGCAGACUCAAGAAUACUUGUUUUGGCAGGUUCAACCGUUGGUGGUGGCUCAGCUAUUAAUUGGUCAGCGUGCCUAAAAACACCACAAGAAGUGAUUAAAGAAUGGUCAGAAAAACACAAACUUUCAAUGUUUUCAAGCUUAGAGUAUCUUUCUGCUAUGGAAACUGUGUGUGAAAGAAUUGGUGUCAAUCAAAAUUGCACACAAGAAGGUUUCCAAAACCAAGUACUAAGAAAAGGGUGUCAAAAUCUUGGCCUAAAAGUUGAUUAUGUUCCAAGAAACUCAUCAGGGAAUCAUUAUUGUGGUUCAUGUGGUUAUGGUUGUCCAAAAGGUGAGAAACUUGGGACACAAGUUACAUGGCUUGUUGAUGCUGUUGAAAAAGGCGCAGUAAUAAUAACAGGUUGCAAAGCUGAAAAAUUCUUGUUUCAAACCAACAACAAUACAAGAAAGAAGAAAUCAUGCUUAGGAGUUUUAGCAAAGACUUUAAACAAUACUAGAGUAACAAUGAAGCUACAAAUUGAAGCCAAAGUAACAGUUUCUUCAUGUGGAGCACUUUUAACACCCCCAUUAAUGAUCACUAGUGGUUUAAAGAACAAAAACAUUGGUAGAAACCUUCAUCUCCAUCCUGUUUUAAUGACAUGGGGUUACUUUCCAGAAUCAAAAAAUUUAGAUCUCAAAGGUAAAGUCUAUGAAGGAGGGAUAAUAACAUCUGUUCAUAAAUUACUAUCAUCAAAUGAUUCAAAUUCAUAUACAAGAGCUAUAAUUGAAACACCUUUAAUAGGACCAGCAUCUUUUGCUUCAAUGUGUCCUUGGGAAUCAGGACUUGAUUUCAAACAAAGAAUGUUAAACUAUUCAAGAACAUCACAUUUUAUAACAAUAAUAAGAGACAGUUCAUGUGGAAAAGUAACAAGUGAAGGAAGAAUAAGUUACAAAUUGAAUGAAAUUGACAAAGAGAAUAUAAGAAGUGGUUUACAACAAGCAUUGAGGAUUUUAAUAGCUGCAGGAGCAGAUGAAGUAGGAACACAUAGAAGUGAUGGACAGAGAAUUAAGUGUAGUGAGAAAAGUGAAAUUGAAAUUGAAGAGUUUAUUGAAAGUGUUUGUCCAAUGGAAGGAGCAUUGUUACCUGGUAAUGAGAAAUGGAAUAUAUAUACUUCUGCUCAUCAAAUGGGGAGUUGUAGAAUGGGAGUGAAUGAAAAGGAAGGUGGUGUUGAUGAAAAUGGUGAGAGUUGGGAAGCUGAAGGUUUGUUUGUUUGUGAUGCAAGUGUGCUUCCUACUGCUGUUGGUGUUAAUCCUAUGAUUACUGUUCAAUCAACUGCUUAUUGUAUCUCAAAUAGAAUUGUUGAUUAUCUUAGAAAAAGUCCAGUAACUAAGGUUAGUUGAUUUUAACUAAUCCUGUUGUUGGACUAUGUUUGAAUAUCAAUAAAUUAUAUAAGUAUUAAUA